CCUAUGGAAUCGCUUUAUUGCCCUGUUAUGUUUUGUUUGCAGAUGCCCUCAGCUGAUUUUGCAUCUCAGCGCGUUAAGUUUCAUUUCUCCGGCCUGACUGAGUCUCUGGGUGUGCCUGCUUUCGCUCUCCGAGCGUGACUUUUUCAGUACUGCUGCUCUUUUUCAGUACGCAGCAGAGAGCGUAGAGGGACUCCGCCCAUGCGGGCGGUCAAGGAAUAGAAAGCUAAAGCCCAGUCUUAGGGUACUUUAUGAAAUAAACACAAGCUGUGCGUUGAUGCGUUACAUCCGCAUUUAGAAGAUCGGCACGGACGAUUUAGGAUAUAUUCUGAUAAUAUCAACUAUUGAUCAUGGUUAAUAUGAAGUUAUCUAUUCGCUGCCAAAUUGGACUCGAAUUCUUCGAGUUUUUGAAGGAGUCUAAUCGAGCGUCCAUCACAGACAGGAUUCAGCUGAGAGACAUUUACAACAAUGAGUUCAGGAUGAGGAAUCCAGAGGCCAAAGAUCCAAACUUUGGCUCAGUCCUGUAUGCCCUGAAAGUGUCCAACAAAAUAACAAGACGAAGAGACGUUAUUCGCUUCAACUCCAAGGUCAAAGCUCUUUACGUGGACCAGUGGCAGUGGCAGAGAGACCGUAAACCGACGCCUGCUCAGAAUGGAGCAGCCAGUCCGGGGAUGGGACAGCCAGCAACCUCUGCAGAUGAGGCAGAGACAGGAGUAAGAUACCGGAGGAAAAUGGCCAGUCUCCUGAUGCACAAACUCAAGUCAGAGAGAACCCAUUUCAUUUCUGACAAAAAUGGGAUCAGCAUCACAUCCGAACGUUCGUUUGAGAAUGGAAAACUUCACUUACAUGUGGAAGAGACGUUUGAGAGUGAGAUAACCCUGCAUGUGAAAAACACUGGAACAGAAACUGUAUAUUUCACCUACUACACACCGCUACACUGGCUCAAGUGCUUGUCACUGGUUGACGAGCAGAAAGUGACCAAACAGAACCCCCUGUCACUAAAACCAGGUGACAGCUAUAAAAUCCAGGCUUUCUUCCACUUCAGCUUUGUUGGUUUCUAUCCAGCUACACUCGCCUUUGAAUUCAAACCAGACCUGCAGCCAUCCUCUGCUGCAUUUUACAUUGUGCGCGUUAUUGAGGCUGAGUGUGUAACUUCCUUGGGACUGGAGCUAGCACCUACAGCCCCCUACAAACCUCGCUCCAUCCCCGCCUGGACUCCUGAGGUCAAUUGCACGAUUGUGGAUGGGCUGCUACCUGAAGGGCUGUCAGUAAUGCGUCUAAAAUAUGUGGUUGAGCUAAAAGACUAUCGAGUACCAUCACACAUACGUAACCUCCCUACAUCAUUGAAGUACUCAUCGUUCAAUGCUACAAGGGCCAUGCUGGAGAGUCCCUUGAACUGGGAGAACUACACAGAGAGGUUCCAUGUGCUGCUGUACCUGGAGGAGCUUCAGAUGGAGGUGGACAUCAAGAGAUACAACAUCCCCAACGCUGACAGAGAACAUGCUACCAUGACUAAAGACAAAAUGAACAAGAAGCUUCUUGUUCUGGAGGUGCCUGGUGUGGCUGAGAACCGUCCCUCUGUGCUCCGAGGAGACAAGCUGCUGGUGUAUCCUGUUGGAGAACCAGGGGUCAAGUACUGUGGCUACGUCCACAGUGUGCAGCUGGACAGUGUUAGACUGGGUUUCAGCUCCCAGUUGCUUAGCCGCUUCUUAGACGGCAUGAAGUUCAGUGUUGAGUUCACUAUAAACCGCCUGACUCUGCGUCUCCAGCACAGAGCGGCAGAACUGGCUUCUUCACAUAGACUGGGAAGCGUGUUGUUUCCUACUGAACCCGACAUGUCCUUUCAACCAAAGGACCUUCCCAAGCUCAGGCUGUUUGAUAGGCAGCUGGAGAAAAAUCCAGAGCAAUAUCAGGCAGUACAACACAUUGUAGCUGGCUCAUCCAAACCUGCCCCCUACCUGGUUUUUGGUCCACCUGGAACAGGAAAAACUGUGACUGUAGUGGAGGCCAUCAAGCAGAUAUGGAGGACACAGGCUAACAGCUGCAUUCUGGCAUGCGCUCCGUCCAACAGUGCCGCUGAUCUGCUUUGCAAGAGGAUUCUGGAGCAUGUGGACAAGCGUGAAGUGUACCGCAUGUAUGCCAGUAGCCGGGACCCAACACUUGUUCCUGAUGAACUAAUGGAAUGCUCUAACCUGGUUGGGGAGUGUUACAUUUUCCCUGCUAAAGAAGAGCUGAUGAAGUAUAAGGUCAUGGUCACCACCCUGUUAACUGCCGGAAGAUUGGUCUCAGGUGACAUUCCAGAAGGACAUUUCACUCAUGUGUUUGUGGACGAGGCUGGACACGCCGUGGAGACUGAGUGUAUAGUCCCAUUGGCAGGGUUGCUCGAUGCAACGGCUGGUCAGGUUGUUCUGGCUGGAGACCCCAAGCAGCUUGGCCCCAUUCUUAGAUCUCCUUAUGCUCUGAAAUACGGCAUGGGAGUGUCCCUCUUGGAGCGGCUGAUGAAUAACUUCUCUAUGUACCAGAAGAACGCUGGUGGUGUGUUCAGCAACUGUUUUGUCACCAAGCUGCUGCGGAACUACAGGUCUCAUCCUGCCAUUCUCAAAAUUCCCAAUGAGCUUUUCUAUGACGGGGAGCUGCAGGCUUGUGCAGAUGAGUACGCGCGAAACUUCUACUGCGACUGGGAAGAACUACCAAAAAAGAACUUCCCAGUGAUCUUCCAUGGGGUGACUGGCAUUGACAAACGUGAGGCCAGCAGUCCUUCUUUCUUCAAUGUAGCUGAAGUGGAGGUGCUGAUUGGCUAUGUGCGGAAACUGCUGCAGGCACAAGGCAAGAAGGGUAUGGCCAAGAUUGCACCCCGAGACAUAGGCAUCAUCGCCCCCUACAGGAAGCAGGUGCAGAAAAUCCGCAGAGCACUGGAAAAAAUUGGUCUGGAAAAAGAAUUUCAAUUUAUGAGGAUGGAAAACCUUAAGGUUGGUUCGGUGGAGGAGUUCCAGGGCCAGGAGAGGAGAGUCAUCUUGGUGUCUACAGUUCGAAGCAGCCCCAAUUACACAGAGAUAGACAAGGAUUUCAACCUGGGCUUUGUCAAAAAUGAGAAGAGAUUUAAUGUGGCUGUGACUCGAGCUAAAGCCCUGCUGAUUGUGGUGGGAAACCCCAGAAUUUUGGAAACAGAUUCCACCUGGGCCCGCUUCAUCCAGUACUGCAGAGAUGAAGGAGGUUACACUGGCAUCAUUCGGGCAGAGGAAGAUGAAGAUGUGGUAGCUCGACUUCAAGCACUUUACAUCUCAAUUGAGCCCACAGUUGAGACUGCAGAGAGUGUCAUUCAGCAGCAGCUGGACCCUGAGUGGAGGAAUGACAUGUGAGCCAAAGGAGAGCCCCAAAAAGUGUUCAGAGGAAUUUAUUUCAGCACCAAGCACUAUCAAACUUUCCUAAAUGAACACUUUCCUAUAUCAAAUGUCCAAAACUAGAUAGAAUAACCAAAGUAUAUUUUACUAGAUAAUCUCAACCAAAGACAAUGAUAGACAUAACUGCAGUGUGUUUAGAGCAACUAUUUUGUCUCAGGGAACUGCGCCACUAACACCAGCACUUCAAAACUUGUCACAAUUACAUGGUGACAAUAAAUCUUAAGACUGAAGAGUUCCUCGAGCAGCUCAGAAGUGCACUUUUCUAGCACUAGAACAGAUGAAGCAGUCUACUCUGUGCAUAGGCUCGAAUAUGCUUUAAAAUGUGCACUUUAUAUACAAGGAUUCUAUUCUUCUUUGUCAUCUGAUCAAAGCAGCUGAUCGUCAAUAGAAUCCAAAAGGAGCGGUUAGGGACCACGCCUGACUUUGCGAAGGAGCAAAAUUACUUGAAUUUACAGUUUUAAAUCAAUCUGUGCUCAAGUCUUAACUGGUUGUUAAAUAACUGAAAUGCACAUGUAGUGUUGCCUGCCCAUGUAUGAGAAUUUCAAUGCAUUUUUUAAAUUACGAUUACUAAACACGGAAAUUUUGUUCAUGUUUUUAAGCAAAUUAUUUAAUAAAAUAAAUCUAAGAUGACAACACAUGAGGUCACUUUAAUGUUCAAACCUACCAAUUUUUUUUUUUUUUUUUUUUUUUUUAAGUCUGAGGUCUCUUUAAUUCUCAUUUUAAAUAUUAUACCAAGGGAUGCCAAAAAUUUAAAUGCUGAUUUACUUAUAGAAUAGAAGUCAGUUGUAAUAAAUAAGAGUAAAACGUUAUUGAAAUGUAAAUGUAUUAAAACCAUCUCCAAAACCAAACCAAAGUAGUAUUUCAAAAAUACUUUAUUAACAUGUUUGUCAUGUUUCAGACAUUCAAAACAUCCCACUCCUGUUUGUAAAGCAGCUUCAAUCAACAUUUUCUCAAAUUUUGUUGUGACAUUUAAGACAGAGCCACUGGCCAGAUAUUAGCCUACGCCCACUCCAAGUGGAAGAACAUCUUGCUUUUGUUAUUGUGGCAAGAUGAAUAUUUGUAAGAUGUAAUACACAAACAAUUUGAUCUGGGCUCUUCCUGGGCAAGAGUGAAUACAGCCUUUGGCCUAUACUUCUUUAUUUUGGCUCUGAAGGACAGACACACGCUUAAACUGGCGUUUCAUUCCCCAUUAUGUUUUUUUUAUUCCAAUUCUGUUUUACAGUUUUGUCACAUUGGUGUAAAAUCUCUUCAGCUUUACGGUUUUAGCUUAGGGCCAAAAGACAUCACUGUUAUUCUUAAUCACCACCUUUGUCUACACUGUUUGGAAACAUUUCUAUCAUCUUUAGGGGCUACUCAAGAGACACUGCUUUUUUUGCCUGUUCACAACUCAAAGAAUGUCCAUACAGUGACUAAGGGCUCCUGUACACCACGCAGUGAUGUUUGAGCUGCUAAUCUAGUUGUCAGCUACCUUUACACACACUAGGCUGAUGUUAUAUAAUAUUAAUAUGGCUGUAUAUUGUGUGCAUUCAUCCGCAGUGAGUCCAGUACACAGUAAUGUGAGAUGACUGUAUACUGGACCUCAAACAGUACAGGCAGGAUGCAGGGCUCAUCAGGGGGAAAGCUGUAGUGACGUCUGCCAGAGCCGGUGUGAGCACGACUGCGCAUAUUGUGUCCAAGACAAUAGACCACUGUCUGCAGUGCCAGUUUAAGCCAUCGCCAUGGAGAGAGACAGAGACCAAGGUGCAGUCCAAAGCCUCUCCAUACAGUCACUCCUGCAUUACUUUAUGUAGGUUUCAGUGGAUUAAUGACGUGUGAACAGGCUCUAAAUUUAGUCCUUUGUGUCAGAAGGGAAAGCUGUGGAAAACAGCACUCUGCUGACACAGCACUUGGUGAAAUAGAACUUUUGGGGUCUAAAAUAAAUUGUCUGACAAAAAAAGAUUAUGAAUCACGACUGAAGCUGAUGUAUAAAAGGAGACUAAGUGGUACACACAGGUUGAAGAGAAGCAGAGGAAAACAGCAAAAGUAAAGCUGUGUGCAGCUCAUAGCUGUGAGAGAAAGUCCACAAAACCCUUCUCUGUAAACAAACAUAACACAGUGGCCAAUGCAUGACAUUUAUAAAGUAUAUGCACAUAAAUACAAACAUACAUUCAUAUGUAUAAAAGUAAAGUAAGCGGGUUGGUCCUUCAAACAAGCUUGUGUUCUGGUAGAGAAAAAACAGGAAAGAAGCAAUAACUAGGUGUGAGCUGCAGAGGAGGCUGCUUUAAAAAAAAAA